AACCGUUAGACCCGUUAGAACCGUUGGGACCGCUCGAGCCAUUCUGCUGCAUGCGCGCGGCGAGCCAACCGUUGGGCGGCGGCACCGAAAUCACGGGACGAUAGCUGCACGAGCCACGCACACAGAGAUCAGACGAGCAGCUUCGGGGAGGUCUUCUCUGCCUCGAGUGUGACGGAUGUGGGGAGAUGUUGAAAAAGGAAACUCUUUGCUGCUGCUGAGCAGAAAGAGGGCAGCGGACCACUGGAGGAAGACAGCAGCUACUUCAGCCAUGAAGGAGAGAACACUUCUUUAAACUGUGUCCACUGAGAAGCCACAUCAAAUCUGUGUCUGUGUGUGUGUGUGUGUCUGUGUGUGUGUGCCAGUGAUGAUAGGAAGCUCCGACGUUCUGGUCCUGACCGUCGGGUCGGUUCUGUCUCUGAGUCUGCUCUCAGUGCUCUGCCUGCGAUGCAAGAAGAAAUCCAAGAUCAUCCACGAGGAGCAUCAGAUAUACGACCCGAGGACGUUCCAACGGGGGGGAAGUAGGUUUGCUGUGACAGAAUCAAAAACAGUCACCAGAGCAAACCAGAUCACUUCAACCACAGUGGGCUCUGGUCCCUAUUGGUCCCCCCCCAGAACCGCCCAUGCUUCAUAUUGCUUUGAUAAAUUAAAAAGAGAAACUCAAGAGGACUUUGAGGACUUUUCAACAGCUGCAAAUGACGAGCAGUCAGACUAUCAAAAUGUCUCGGAUGCUCAAACCGGAAAUCCAGAACACACAUAUGUAGCUCCACUCCCGAUGUCAGCUUACAUAAACGAACUAAUGACUAAAGAAAUAAUCACUGAUCAGAAUCCAGCUGUUUAUGCUAACGUCAUCUCAUCACUGCAGAUUAAAGAGGACGAGGACGACUACGAGAACUCGGAUUUUCUGGACAAAAUUGUGGAGGAGGAAGAAGACAAUGAGCCAGAUUAUGUGAAUGAGAACGGCUGACAGCAGAGAAGAUGUUCCUGCACCCUGACCUCUUGGAGUUAAAUUCAAAGUAAAAUUAUUAUUUUUUAAAGUGUUUGUGUUCCUGCUCUGUGUCAUGUGUUAAUGAUGUAGACAGCUGUGUGAAUAAACGCUCAUGGAGCUUGGC